AUGUUCAAGAUUGUGUGCCUGUUCGCCAUCGUUGCCGUUGCUUCCGUUUCGGCUAAGGCUGAUCCGAAGCCGGCAGUUCUUGCCUAUGCUGCUGCCCCGGCUGCCGUUGUCGCUGCUCCGGCCGCUUAUGUUGCCGAGGGUGCCGCAGUGUACGAACGCACUUUCCACGGAAACACUGCCCCGCUGGCCUACACCUACCCUUACGCUGCCCCGUACGUUGCUGCCGCUCCCUAUGUGGCUGGAGCUCCGCUCGCUUACUCGUCACAGUACGUUGCCGCUGCCCCUGCCCAGGUGCUGCUGAAGUAA